AUGUCAUCAUGUAGUCACCAGCAGAAGAGAAAUUUCGAAAGAGACCUCACUGUCAGAAGGGCAGCCCACAACCACCUCGGCUCUCAGAGGAGACUGAGCUCCUCAGUGAAUGUGUCUGAAGAGUGGACCAGUGUGUCUGUCCACUAGGCAUGGAACCAAAGCGGAUCAGGGAGGGCUACCUUGUGAAGAAGGGAAGCAUGUUUAGCACCUGGAAACCCAUGUGGGUUGUACUGCUAGAAGAUGGAAUUGAGUUUUACAAGAAGAAAAGCGACAACAGCCCCAAGGGAAUGAUCCCCCUGAAAGGAAGUACUCUCACCAGUCCCUGUCAGGACUUUGGCAAAAGGAUGUUUGUAUUGAAGAUCACUACAACCAAACAGCAGGACCACUUCUUCCAGGCAGCCUUCCUGGAGGAGAGAGAUGCUUGGGUUCGGGACAUCAAGAAAGCCAUUAAAUGCAUUGAAGGAGGCCAGAAGUUUGCAAGAAAAUCCACAAGGAGGUCCAUUCGUCUGCCAGAAACUGUUGACUUGGGGGCUUUGUAUCUGUCUAUGAAAGACACUGAAAAGGGAAUAAAGGAGCUGAAUCUGGAGAAGGACAAGAAGGUUUUUAAUCACUGCUUCACAGGUAACGGUGUCAUUGACUGGCUGGUUUCUAACAAGCUGGUUCGGAAUCGCCAGGAAGGCCUCAUGAUCGCCGCAUCACUGCUCAGUGAAGGGUACCUGCAGCCUGCUGGGGAUCUGUCUAAGAAUGCGGCCGAUGGAGUAGCUGAAAACCCUUUCCUGGACAACCCCGAUGCUUUCUACUUCUUUCCAGACAGUGGAUUCUUCUGUGAAGAGAAUUCCAGUGAUGACGAUGUGAUUCUGAGAGAAGAAUUCAGAGGGGUUAUCAUUAAGCAGGGAUGUUUACUGAAGCAGGGGCACAGGAGGAAGAACUGGAAGGUGAGGAAGUUCGUUCUGAGAGAAGACCCGGCCUACCUGCAUUACUAUGACCCUGCUGGGGGUGAAGAUCCCCUGGGAGCAGUUCACCUGAGAGGCUGUGUGGUGACAUCAGUGGAGAGCAAUCCUGAUGGCAAGAAGAGCGACGAUGAGAACCUGUUUGAGAUCAUCACAGCAGACGAAGUUCAUUAUUACUUGCAGGCGGCCACUCCCAAGGAGCGUACUGAGUGGAUCAAAGCUAUCCAAGUGGCUUCACGGACUGGGAAGUAGGGACAAUGUUCCAGUCAUCAUCCCCUCCUGAGGGAAGCACUCGUGUGGAUAAAUAAGCUCAGUCCAUGACUUGUCCAUGCCCGUGACAGUUCAACCAGAAAAAAAGUAGGAGUGAGAAGUGUUUGUCUCCACGUAACUAACCGUGUGCCACAUGAUGUUGCCUGCACCGUGCACUCACUCUAGUCUCUCUACCCCGUCUGUCUCACAAGCCAUAUAACGAACUAUGAGAGGAGGUGACACAGGCUUUCCAGGCCUUGGGGCCUCUUGUGGAAAAUGAAGGCAUGGAAAAUGAAGGAUAUCUCUGAGGUCCUUGCUAGUUGAAAAAAAAAAAAAGCCAAAUAGCAAAUAAAUACAUAAUGUCCUGUGAUUAUAAUACCCA